AUGCUGCGAACGAUUUUAGCACGAAACCAAGUUUUAAACGAUGGCUUGAAAAAAGCUAUUCGGAAUAAUGUAACAAGAGGUUUAAGUACAGAAUUGGCCAAAAGGAAACAACCUAAUAAACUCUUAGCAUCAUCACGAAAAAGUGUUCUCACAACACCACAAUGGAAUGUUCAAACCAGAUACUACUCAAGUCUACCUUCUCAUACAAAAGUAAAUCUCCCAGCUCUCUCCCCCACUAUGGAGAGUGGUUCUAUAGUCAGCUGGGAAAAGAAGGAGGGUGAUAAAUUAAAUGAAGGUGAUCUCUUAUGUGAAAUUGAAACUGAUAAAGCAACAAUGGGCUUUGAGACUCCCGAAGAAGGUUAUCUGGCAAAGAUUAUAAUACCAACUGGCACUAAAGGUGUACCAGUUGGAAAAUUACUUUGUAUUAUUGUUGAAAACGAAGCUGAUGUUGCUGCUUUCAAAGACUUUAAGGAUGAUGGAACUGCAUCACCAGCACCAUCAAAACCAAAAGCGGCAGCACCAGCGCCUGCUGCCCCCGCCGCCCCGGCCCCCGCAGCACCCGCGGCUGCCCCCGCCCCCCGCGCUGCUUCUGCCUCCGCCCCCGCCCCCGCCCCGGCAGAGCAUGGCAGGGUAUAUGCCAGUCCAAUGGCCAGACGGUUGGCCGAAUUGAAGCAAAUUAGACUUGGUGGGCAAGGGUCAGGCCUGUAUGGGUCACUAAAGAGUGGCGAUCUCGCAGCGGCGGCGGCUGCAGCGCCGGCGGCUCCGGCUUUCGCCCCUCCACCCCCCACCCCCGGGGCAACCUUCGUGGACAUCCCCCUCACUGGCAUGAGGGAGACCAUUGCCAAGCGACUCUCUGCAGCAAAACAAACAAUACCCCACUAUCAGCUGUCUGCUACGGUGAAUGUUGAGAAGUUACUGGCUAUGAGGAAGGGGGUCAAUGAACGGUUGGCUAAGGAGAAGUCGGAUGUUAAGGUUUCUGUGAACGACUUCAUCCUGAAGGCCGUAGCGGCGGCGUGCAAGCGCGUACCCGCCGUCAACUCGCACUGGAUGGAAUCAUUCAUUAGACAAUAUUCCAAUGUGGAUGUGAGCGUGGCGGUGGCGACACCGACUGGUCUGAUCACACCGAUCAUUUUCAACGCGGAUUCGCGCGGCAUUCUGGACAUCUCUACUAAUAUGAAGGAGCUUGCUAAUAAAGCGAAAGAAGGACGUCUACAACCUCAGGAAUACCAAGGCGGGACCGUCACUGUAUCCAAUCUUGGAAUGUUUGGUAUCACAAUGUUCAACGCUAUCAUCAACCCGCCUCAGUCCCUCAUCCUGGCGUGCGGCGGCGUGCAGGAGAUCGUCAUACCUGACAAGGAUGAGCCACAAGGUUUCCGCCUCGCGAAGUUCAUAACAUUCACCGCGUCGGCCGACCACAGGGUGAUCGACGGCGCGGUCGGCGCGCAGUGGAUGAAGGCGCUCAAAGAGAACCUCGAGGACCCCGCAAAUAUCAUACUUUGCGUGCGAAAAAACAGGGAGGGCUCGUCACGUAGCGCCUGUCACGCGCCCGAAGUGAAC